UCGGUUAUCGCGAGCAAACCCAUAGCGAGCUACAAGACAAUGAGAUCGACCCCUUGCUCGCUUCCUCUCCCGCCGGCAUCGCUCGCUCAUCCACGAACCUUCUCAUCCCUCUUAAUCUCCUCCUCUUCCAGAUCCACUAGCCUCAGCAUCUUCGUCGACAAUCACAGACGGCAACUCGUCGGAGACGACGACGGCACCGGCAUCUCGCACCACCUCCGGAAUCUUCUUCUUCGGACCGUCGCCGGAGCCCUUUCCUUGUCCCUGGUAGUCUCGCCUGCCUUCGGUCUCACGGACCCCUCCCCCGCCCUCUGCCGCGAGGAAGACCGCGUGGUGGACCAUGCGGAAGUGAGGCCGGAGUCCGUCACGAACGAGGGGCUCGUGGAGGAGGCGUGGGAGGUCGUCAAUGAGAGCUUCCUUCCAGAUGCCGGAGGCCGGACUUGGUCCCAAGAGAAUUGGAUGCAAAAGAAGCAGGACUUCCUUAGUAGCAGAAUACAAACAAGAUCUAGAGCUCAUGAUAUCAUCAAGAAAAUGUUGGCUACCUUGGGUGACCCGUACACUCGGUUUCUCUCUCCAACAGAAUUCUCAAAGAUGGCAAAGUACGAUGUUACUGGGAUUGGAAUAAAUCUGAGGGAAGUCCCUGAUGAUAACAGCAAUGUGAAACUGAAAGUGUUGGGAAUUAUACUAGAUGGCCCUGCUUAUUCUGCUGGAGUGAGACAGGGGGACGAGCUAUUGUCAGUUAAUGGCGUAGAUGUUAGAGGGAAAUCAGCAUUCGAUGUUUCCUCCCUGCUACAAGGUCCACAGGAAACAUUUGUUGUGAUUAAGGUUAAACAUGGAAAUUGUGGCCCCAUACAGUCUAUGAAAAUUGAGAGGCAACUUGUAGCCCAUUCUCCUAUUUUCUAUCGGCUGGAAAAAUUGGAAGCUGGAGACAUCUCAGUUGGAUACAUACGCAUAAAAGAAUUCAAUGCCCUGGCAAAGAAAGAUUUGGUGAUAGCACUAAAACGACUCAAAGAUGCUGGUGCAUCAUAUUUCAUUUUGGACCUUAAGGAUAAUCUUGGUGGUCUAGUGCAGGCUGGAAUUGAGGUUGCUAAGCUGUUCUUAAAUAAAGGAGAAAUGGUCAUCCAUACAGUCGGCAGGGAUCCUGAAAUCCAGAAGAGUAUUGUUGCAGAAAACACACCCUUUAUUGCUAGUCCUCUCAUCGUCCUGGUUAAUCACAGAACUGCAAGUGCAAGUGAAAUUGUCACUACAGCGCUUCAUGACAACUGCAAAGCUGUUCUUGUGGGAGAAAAGACUUUUGGCAAGGGAUUAAUUCAAUCUGUUUAUGAGCUUCAUGAUGGAUCUGGUGUGGUUGUCACCGUAGGAAAGUACGUCACACCCAAGCACAAGGACAUCAAUGGAAAUGGAGUAGAACCUGAUUUCCAGCGCCUUCCAGCUUUAAAUGAGGUGAUCAGUUAUCUUUCACAGUGCCAUAUCGAAGGCAAAAGUUGAAAUAGCAGAUUUUCAAAUGCAGUUUUAGGAAAGGUGGCUAAUUAUCUUUCAAAGUUAAGGGCCAUCAACACAACAUCAUUCGACUUAUUUCAUGUGAUCUAAAAUGUAUCAGUAGAUAACCAUGGCUUUGCAGUUUGCUCUUCCUCUUUCCGACACUGAUGCUACUAUCAAAUUUUCUCCGGUGGAUUAUCUCUGGUGAUAGCAAUGUAAUGUUCAAGUCCAAAUGUCCAACGAAAAAAAUUAUAUUUCAAUUUUAAUCUCCCUAUUAAUAAGCCUCCCAUGUUUCUAAAGGCUUGACUUUGAUAGUUAAAUUGUUUUGUCUCAGUCACAAAUCUCCUAGUAAGAUUGCCCAACUUAUCAUUGAUAGACUCCUCUUCCUCAUGUUUAAGGAGUGCUUAUAUUCGCUCCUCCCCACCCUACCCGAACAACUCAAAUCACUUUGAUUCCUGCUGAGGUUGAGUACUUCAAUUGGAUGGUGAGAGAAUCGUCCCGAUGGUUCUUACUUCAUUUCUAGUGAAGCAAUUAGUGAAAUUUUCUCAACAUCGAUAUCACCCAUCUUCGAUAGAAUGCUAAAUAAUUUGUAAUCUAGAAUCAAUUUACAAGGGCACCUUGUGAUACAAGCCAUGCGUCUUUCUCAGUGAACAAAGUCAAGUUAUUUUUUAAA